AUGUCGAGCUGUGGGGGGAACAGUAAUGCGCUUAUGGGAGCACUUUUUAGUGGAGCAGGUGCGCCUGGAGCGGGUGUAGCUGGGGGAGGUGCGGCUGGGGGAGGUGCUACUGAGCUGGGGAACAGUGGUGUGCUUAGCAGGGCGUUUCUCAGUGGAGCAGGUGCAGCUGGGGGAGGUGGUACUGAGCGAUCAGAGGGAAUGGCAGGAGGACUUGGGGUCGGCUUUUUAGCCCCUCAUGACUUGGUCGCUGGCACAAUGGUGGUGGGAGAAGGAAGGCGAGGAGGGGGGAGAGAAGGAAAUGUGAGGGAGGGAAAGGCAGUGGGAGGAGAGGAUGAAGGGCUUACAAGGCAGAUAGGUGAAGAGGACGUGGGCGUGGCACAGAGGGGUGGAGAGGGGUGUGAAUGGGUCACUGGUAGGGGCACGCUGCGCACUGAUACUGAUGCUGCAACUGCUGGUGCUGGUGCUGGUGGGGAAGGUGAUGAUGGUGGUGUGUGCGCAAAGGAUGGUGGGAAGGGUAGGGAGAAGAAGACGGGUAUGGCUGGUGAGUGUGGGGUGAAGGGUGGGGAGAGAGAGCAGGAAGGGGAGAGAAUCAGCGUAAGGGGAUUGGAGGACGGGGAGGGAAUCAAGGAGGGGUGCAGUGAGGAGGAGGAGAUGGGGGAUGGGAAGGAGGUGGAGGAGGAACGGGAAGGAGGCAUGUGUGUGGGUGGGCGUAGGGAGGAGGAACGGGAAGUAGGCAUGUGUGUGGGUGGGCGUAGGGAGGAGGAACGGGAAGGAGGCAUGUGUGUGGGUGGGCGUAGGGAGGAGGAACGGGAAGGAGGCAUGUGUGUGGGUGGGUGUAGGGAGGAGGAACGGGAAGGAGGCAUGUGUGUGGGUGGGCGUAUGGAGGAGGAGGGAGGAGAGGAGGGAGUGAAGGGUGGUGUGGAGCGAAUGAAGGAGGAGGAAGGGGAGAAGGGAGGGGAGGAGGGAGGGGAUGGGGGCAGGACUGACAACAGGGAAGCAGGGGUGGAUGCUGGGGAGGAAGGAGACGGGGGAGAGGGAGCAGGGGGUUCUGAGGGGGACAAAGAAGGAGAAGAGGAUGAGGACAAGGAGGAUGAGGAGGAUGAGGAUAUGGAGACAGAACAAGACAAAGACAUGCCGACCCCCGUGUGCCUGUGGUGUCUGUCGGAAGGUCAUUGGGCGGCUGAGUGUGCUGACCUGGCAAGAACCCGUGCCAAGCACGCGACCAGUAGCAGGGAGACAGCUGGCAGGGACACGUCAGACACGGGUGCAGUAGCAGACUCAGGAACAGCAGUAGGGACAACAAGAGUAGGGAAAGAUGCAGGUGCAACAGUGAAAACAGCAAGUGAGUCAGCAGUAGGAGAUGCAGCGGGUGUGCCAGCAGCUGUUAUGCACUGCAAACUGGCAAGCACAGGUGCUGCAGCAGCAGACCUGCUGAUUCAAGAGGCGGGCAGAAGCUCCGAUGUGCCUGAGAAGCGGGAGGGAGAGACUCCGGGCGCAUGGAACGUUGCUGCUCUUUUCCCAGGCUGGUUUGCUCUCUUUGACCUGCAGACAACGGAACAGGAAGGUGGCGGGUUGCCCCCUGCCUUGCUCGCUUCUAUAGAAUCGCUGCGCCUCUCUCGAAGGGAUAUUGUCAAGAUUCAAAGCCAUCCGGGUGUCAGGGCACGAGUGGUUGGCUUCUUCCUUCGCCUCCGAUUGGGCAAGAAAGAGGAGGAUUUGGGCGGCACGGGUUACCGCAUGGCCAAAAUAACGGGUGUCGUGCGAAAGCAAGCUGUUGAAUCGGUACCCUCGUCUGCUGACUCAGGCGGAAUGGCACUCACUGUAGAUAUGGGCGACGGGGAGUAUACUGUAGACGGCCAUUACGUCUCCAACAAACCAUUUCUUGAGGUUGAAGUUGUUGAGUGGUGUAGAAAGAUAUGGCAGAAAGGUGGGGCGGCGUUGCUUUCUCCCAUUCUCUGCACCAAGGAUAUUGAGGCCAAGAUAUGUGAGAGAAGAGGCUGGAACUGA